GUCAAGUUUUGAACAUGCAUCUGCUUCGAGUGAUAGUGUCGGUGUGCGUCAUCUGCAGUGGAGUUCGGGCCGCUGAGAUUUGCAGCGCGCUGUACCCAAGAUCUACCUGCCAGCCAGAAUGUCCACAGCCAUCUGUUACAGAGGCUCAGGGGGCGCCAUACUGCUACUCUGGGAUGUUCUGCUGUGAGACGGUAACAACACCAACACCUUCACCAACAACCACACCUCCACCGACAACAACAACAACUCCACCAUCAAGAGUCUGUGGAUUCGAUGCCUUACCUGUGACUCCAAGGAUUAUGAAUUCCAAUCCAUUCAAUCUUAAUGAUUUCUCCUGUGCAUGGCCUUGGAUGGUCCACGUACUGUAUGACCUUCAGGACGGAGAAGGCAUUCAGCCCUUGUGCAGUGGGGUCCUCGUCUCCAAACAGCAGUUCAUUACAUUAAAAUCUUUUGUGGAGCCAUUAACUGGUCAAAACUUUCAACUGUAUGCCGCAGUUGGAAUUUGUAACAUCACUGGUCUUCAGACAGAAGAAGUAUUCCCACCAGGCACAUUGAAGAACGUGUCCACGGAUAUCAGCUCUUUCGACGCUGGGAAUCUGGAUCUUGUCGUGGCUACACUUGAAGAAGAAGUCGGAGACUACAGUAUCAACGUGCUUCCUGCUUGUUUGCCAGAUGGAAGGACAGUAAUCAAUGGAGACCAAUGUUUCAUGGCCGGAUCUGCAAAUGGUGAGAUCGGUGCCGGGCGCGUUAGAGUGUUAGAUCCAGCAGUUUGUACAGCGUUCAAUAACAUCCUCAUCAACAACGAGCAGCAGCCUAGAGGAACCUUCUGUACCAACGUGUUUUCUGAUAAUGUCGACGCAUGUGACGGGGAUGAAGGUGGUAUGGUGAUAUGUCAGGAUAAUGAGAACCGCUGGGUCCUGAAGGGGAUCAUACAGGAGGGUACAUGCCUCGGAGCCAGGAAUGGCGCCAAUGUCAUCAUUGAUAUUGAACAAAUCGGCAGCGACCUGAUCAGCAACGUAUUUCCAACACCGCAGUAACACGUGCAGGUUCCCAGCAGAGAUGAAUACACGUCCAUAUGCUCAACUCGCCUUUGUAUUGCGGUUUUUGUUUUACUGAAAUGUAACCUGGGUCAAAUUUAAUAAUUGAUCAAUUGUCCUUAAUAAAGCUUUGGCUUAGAAUAUAA